AUGUUGGUUAAACAAAUUUGGGGAGCGAGGCGGUAUAAUGCACAUAAAUGUCUAGGUAUAGUGUCAAGGAAGUUUUCGAGCCGCUUAGAUGCUCUUGAUUAUGAGGAACGGUUAGAGGGUUGUUUGUCAGCGUUGCCUCCGAAGGCUAAAGUGGUGAUAUGUGGCGGUGGGAUGAUGGGGGCCGCUGUGGCGUACCACCUAGCGCGCCGCGGCUGGGGCGACAAGACUGUUGUCAUCGAAAAAGAAAAGGUCGGCACCGGCAGCAGAUGGCACUCGUCAGGUCUUGUCGGUGCUUUCAAACCAACUCUAGCCCAAGUCCGACUGACUCAGUCCUCCAUCAGGCUUCUUCAAGAUCUAGAGGCUAAGGGCAGACCGACGGGGUGGAAGCAAUGUGGAUCCUUACUCCUUGCGAGGACCAGGGACCGAAUGACUGUCUACCGGAGAAUGAAAAGCCAAUCUGUUUCGUGGGGAAUACCUUGCGAGUUGGUCACUCCAAAGAAAUGUCAAGAGCUGUGGCCACUUCUCAACGUGGACGACGUGUUGGGUGGGCUCUGGAUACCCGGGGAUGGAGUUGGCGACCCUCACCUGCUCUGCAUGGCUCUUAUGCGGGAAUGUAUUGAAAACGGCGUCGGCGUGAUGGAAGACUGCUCUGUGACCGCUGUGCUUUCGAAGAACGAUCGAGUGUGCGGAGUGGAGACAAAUCAUGGCGCGAUCGAGUGCGAAUAUUUCGUCAACUGCGCUGGCUUCUGGGCAAGGCAGGUUGGUCAACUCGCUCGUCCUCAAGUUAAAGUACCGCUGCUACCCUGCGAACACUACUACCUACACACUAAACCCAUUGAAAACCUAGACCCUAUGACACCUGUUAUCCGGGAUCCUGAUGGCUACAUCUACCUUCGUGAGAGGGACGGCUGCAUCCUCGCUGGAGGCUUCGAACCCAUUGCAAAGCCUGUUUAUGAGGAAGAAAUAACAUCGAUGUCCCAGCGGUGUGUGCCUGAAGACUGGGACCACUUCCACGUCUUACUGCAGCAGCUUCUCAAGCGUGUACCAAGUCUCAGCCAGGCUGUGCUGCACAAACUAUGCAAUGGACUUGAAGCCUUUUCUCCAGAUUGCAAGUGGAUCGUCGGCGAAGCACCAGAGAUGUUUAACUACCACGUGGCGGCGGGUAUGAAGACCGUGGGUAUAUCGGCGGCCGGCGGCGUGGCUGAGGCCACGGCUGACGAGAUCGUGGACGGGUACACCAAGUACGAUAUGUACGAGCUUGGCCUCAACCGGUUCCUAGGCCUGCACAACAACAAGAGGUUCCUUAGAGACCGCGUCAAGGAAGUACCUGGUGUUCACUACGGCCUCCCAUAUCCGUUCCACGAGUUCGAGACCGGGCGCAACCUGAGGCUGUCCCCGAUCUACCCGACGCUGCGCGACAACGGCGCAGUAUUCGGGCAGGUCAUGGGCUACGAGAGACCUACGUGGUUCGAGACUGUGGAUCCCAAAGACCCUCCGGACAAGCCGCGUCCGUUCAAAGUGGCGUACACGAAGACGUUCAACAAGCCGCACUGGUUCGACACGGUGCAGCGCGAGUACUGGGCCUGUCGCGAACGAGUGGGCCUCGCCGACUACUCCUCUUUCACCAAAAUCGAUAUACAGUCCCAAGGUCGCGAGGUCGUGGAUAUGCUGCAGUACCUGUGCUCCAACGACGUGGACGUGCCAGUCGGCAGUAUCAUACACACUGGCAUGCAGAACGAACGAGGUGGCUACGAGAAUGAUUGCAGUCUUGCCAGAAUAUCAGAGAACUUAUACAUGAUGAUAGCGCCGACCAUACAACAGACACGCUGCAAGGCUUGGAUGAAGCGCCACCUCCCAGCCAACGGGUCAGUGACCCUCUCUGACGUCACGUCUAUGUAUACAGCCAUAUGUAUCAUGGGACCGUUUACAAGGAAUCUUCUUUCUGAGCUGACUGAUACGGACCUGACGCCUUCAAACUUUCCGUUCUUCACCUUCAAAGAGAUUGAUGUUGGCCUGGCUAAUGGAAUCAGAGCCAUGAACUUGACGCACACUGGGGAGCUGGGAUAUGUCUUGUAUAUUCCUAAUGAGUUCGCCCUCCACGUUUACAAUCGCCUAAUGACAGUCGGUGAGAAAUACUCAAUCUCUCACGUUGGCUACUACGCGAGCCGAGCGCUGCGGGUCGAGAAGUUCUUCGCGUUUUGGGGACAAGAUCUGGACACGAUGACCACGCCCCUUGAGUGCGGACGUACGUGGCGUGUUAAAUUUGAUAAAGACAUCGAGUUUAUAGGCAGGGAUGCGUUGCUUCGUCAGCGCGAGGAAGGCAUACGUCGCCAAUACGUGCAACUGUUACUCACAGACCAUGAUCAUGAACUCGACAUGUGGUCUUGGGGCGGGGAACCGAUAUACAGAGACGGGAACUACUGCGGACAAACGACUACUACCAGUUAUGGGUUCACGUUCAAAAAACAGGUUUGCCUCGGUUUCGUGGAGAAUUUAGACAAGAAUGGCGUGCCGCAAGUUAUCAACAACGACUAUGUGUUAAGCGGACAUUAUGAAAUUGAUAUUGGCGGUAUAAGAUAUGCGGCUAAAGUGAACCUGCAUUCUCCGAACCUGCCCACAAAGUAUCCGGACAAGGAGAGAGACGUCUACCAAGCUACGAGGAAACUUCACGAGAGCCAGCAGUCUCUGGGAAGGCACUACCAACCGUAG